AUGGUAAAUAGCUCAUGCAAGUCUCUGCCUGUAUUUUGAAAGCCGUUUGUCGCAUGUUAGCAGUGUUUCAUUGUAUUUGAUGGUUAUGGCUGAGAAGGAGAAAGGAAGACAGAGUCGUUUCCGUUUGCCGAAAAGUGCAGCUGAGGAAGAAGUCCUGGCCAAUGAAGCUGUUCAAUCUUCUACAAAGUACAAAAACAAAUGGGCUUUAAAAAUAUUUCGGGAAUGGCAGCAGCAAAGGGAGAUGAAAUUGCCGAUUUUAGAUCCCGGUGGUCUUUUCUAA